AAGCCCGCUUAAUUCCACGCACCUCGGCCGCCGCCUCCUGUUGUCCACAACUCAAACACGUCUUGGCUUCCUCUUCUCCACAACACACAAAACCUGUCGACACUCACUUCCUCUUCACCGCAGCCAUGUCUUACUCCACUCUUGCUUCACCCUCCACUUCCUUCCUCAACGACACCACCACCACUAAGAAGGAUUUGGGUCUCUCUGCUUUUUCUUCCACAUUUCAGCGAUGCAGGAGAUCAGUCUCCAAGAAAUCCUGCUCCGUCAUGGCCCCAUCGGAGCGGAAGCCAGCCACUACUGGCUCGGUCAAGACUGGAAUGACAAUGACCGAGAAGAUAUUGGCAAGGGCUUCUGAGAGAACCCAUUUGAGCCCUGGUGACAAUGUUUGGGUUAACAUUGAUGUUUUGAUGACCCAUGAUGUGUGUGGCCCUGGUUCGUUUGGAAUCUUCAAGAAAGAGUUUGGCCAGAAUGCUAAGGUUUGGGACCGAGAAAAGAUUGUGAUCAUACCUGACCAUUAUAUAUUCACUACUGAUGAGCGUGCAAACCGUAAUGUGGAUAUAUUGAGGGAUUUCUGCACGGAGCAGAACAUUAAGUACUUUUAUGAUAUCAAGGAUCUUGGCAACUUUAAGGCUAACCCGGAUUACAAGGGGGUAUGCCAUGUUGCUCUUGCUCAAGAAGGUCAUUGCAGGCCUGGAGAGGUGCUACUAGGUACAGAUUCUCACACCUGUACCGCCGGAGCAUUUGGACAAUUCGCUACUGGAAUCGGGAACACUGAUGCAGGUUUCGUAUUGGGCACUGGCAAGCUUUUACUCAAGGUGCCUCCAACUCUGAGAUUCGUGCUGGAUGGUGAAAUGCCUGACUAUUUGCUUGCCAAAGACUUAAUUUUGCAAAUUAUUGGUGAAAUCUCUGUAGCCGGUGCAACAUAUAAAGCUAUGGAGUUUGUUGGCAGCACUGUUGAAAGCUUAAGUAUGGAAGAGAGGAUGACAUUAUGCAACAUGGUUGUUGAAGCUGGGGGUAAAAAUGGUAUCGUCCCUGCUGAUAGCACUACAUACAAGUACCUUGAGGAUAAAACGUCAGUACCGUAUGAACCUGUGUACAGCGAUGAUAAAGCAAGAUUUCUUACUGAGUACAGAUUUGAUAUCUCAAAAUUGGAGCCGUUGGUGGCAAAGCCUCAUUCUCCAGAUAACCGUGCUUUAGCAAGAGAAUGCAAAGAUGUGAAAAUUGACAGAGUGUAUAUUGGAUCUUGUACUGGUGGGAAAACAGAGGAUUUUAUGGCUGCUGCUAAAGUUUUUCUGGCUUCAGGCAAGAAGGUCAAAGUACCCACUUUUCUUGUACCUGCUACACAAAAGGUUUGGAUGGACGUGUACAGCCGUCCGGUGCCAGGAUCUGGUGGAAAGACUUGCUCACAGAUAUUUGAGGAAGCUGGUUGUGACACACCUGCAAGUCCCAGUUGUGGUGCUUGCUUGGGUGGUCCCAAGGACACAUAUGCUCGCUUGAAUGAACCGCAGGUAUGUGUCUCUACUACAAACAGAAACUUCCCAGGCAGAAUGGGCCACAAGGAAGGCCAGAUAUAUCUUGCUUCACCAUAUACAGCUGCAGCAUCAGCCUUGACCGGUUAUGUGACCGACCCAAGAGAGUUUUUGCAGUAAGCGUGAUGUCGUCAAAGAUCAGUUCUAGUUUCUUAUGACUUGUCUGGUGUUAGUUAGGUAGCAGAAAUUAAAAGGAAAUAAUGGGUCAUCACACCCAUCCCGAUGGUUAUGUAUGCUGUGAUUAUCAGGUCAGUACCAUCUGUAUUCUGUGAAUUGUGAGUGUGAGUGCAUAGAAUGAUCUUAGUCCAGAAAAUGGGGCAUCUAUCUAUGGAACAUAAUUUGACAAAUUUUGUAUGAUUUUCAUUGGAUAGAAUAACAUCCUUGUUUCUC